AUGGGUGUUUUGGAAGAGUGCCUUUGUGUACUUGCUCAUAUUAAGGAGACUUUUGAAGUAUGGAUAAUGUCAGAUUAUGGAGUUUCGCAAUUUUGGACUAAACUUUAUACAAUCAAGUAUAAGAGCAUAAUGUGUGAUUACGGUUGUCAUGUGGAGCUUAUUGGGUCUCUCAAGAAUGGUGAGAUACUGUUCAGGGACACAAGUGACGUAAUCUCAUAUAACUCAGAGUGUGGAACUUCUAGAAAAACAGAAAUUGAUUACAUCGACAAUGGAGGAGCAGCCAAAUAUUUUGAAAGCUUAGUUUCUCUAAACUCUAAUACUCUUGUGGAAAGAAAGAGAAAGAGAGAUAUCACUUAUGUCUUGAUGACGACUAAGAUGCUAAACAUGUGA